UAGGCGUCUGUGAUUGUACAGAAAUUUUAGCUAACCUUAAUAUUCUGCAAAAUUUGUUGACUAGUUGAAAUUAUUUUUAAAAUAUUUUUAUGAUUAUGUUCCUAAAUAUAAUAAAGCAUUUAACCUAACGUUGCUGGAAGUGUACAAACAAUUCUUUUUCAAAGAUUAUAUUCACUUCUUAGUAAUAAAUAUGAAAAGGUCUACAGCAGGUAACAGCAAUAAAUGGGGUAUGUACGACAGAGAACAAGAGAGUACGGGUUUCCGCAAGCGUUUUAAAGAACGUCCACCGCCGGAGUUACGAGGAAAAGCAAUUGGCCUUUGGUACGCAGCUAGAAACAAAGCCCGUCGAUACGGCAAUUCAACUGAGAGGGAUAAAGAAAUGCGGGCCAAGCGACAAGCAUCGUUGGAUAGACAAAUACUGGGAACAAUCCAACUUUCAGAAACAAAAAAGCAGAAGAUUUUGCAAUACUUAGAUGAAACAGCUUCAACUUCUACAGAAAUUGACAAUUUCUAUAAUGAUCUUAAAGGUUUAGAGUUUGAACACAAUUUUUUGAAUCAUAUAAAUGGCAACAUCUAUGAUAAACUAAAAAGGUAUACUCAAGAACUUCGAGACAAUGAUGAACAGCUAGACACGUUAUACUAUGAUGAAUUUGUGAAAAAGAAAAAUGACCCAAAUUAUACUGAAAUGUUAAAGUUUAGGCAUAAUCUACCAGCUAUGAAAAUGAAGACUAAAAUUGUAGAUUUAAUUAAUCAAAAUCAAGUUGUCGUUAUAAGUGGAGAGACAGGUUGUGGAAAAACCACUCAGGUAGCACAAUUCAUAUUAGAUGAUUGGGUUGAAAAAAAACGGGGUUCAUUAUGUAAAGUAAUCUGUACCCAACCUCGUAGGAUUAGUGCCAUAUCUGUAGCUGAAAGAGUGGCAUCAGAAAGGGCAGAAUCUCUUGGACAGUCUGUGGGUUACCAAAUUAGAUUAGAAAAGCAUCUUCCUAGACAAAAAGCAUCAAUUCUAUUCUGUACUACGGGUAUCCUCUUGAAAUACAUGGAGAGUGAUCCUACUUUACAACAAGUCUCACAUCUUGUUCUUGAUGAAAUCCAUGAAAGGGAUGUUAUAUCUGACUUUUUAAUUACAGUAUUAAGGGAUGUUAUCAAAUAUAGAAAAGAUUUAAAGGUCAUUUUAAUGAGCGCUACUAUAAAUUCAGAGGCAUUUUCAAAAUAUUAUGGCAACGCCCCUCAUCUCAAUAUCCCUGGAUUCACUUACCCAGUCAAAGAAUACUUUUUGGAAGAUGUAUUACAAAUGACCAAAUUUUCCUUUCAAAAAUCAGCAAAAAAAAUAUUUCGUAAAGAUCAGGAUUUUGAAAAAUCAAGGACUGAGUACAUUGAGCCAUACAUUAGGCAACUGAAGGCAGAAAACAAAUAUGGAAUGUUUGUUAUAAAUGAGCUAUUGAAGCCGCAAAGUGAAAGUUUAAAUAUGCAUUUAAUAUACAGUUUGCUUGAACAUAUUUGCUUAAAGGACAAAGAUGAUGGGGCCAUUCUGGUAUUUGUCCCCGGUUUUAGCGACAUCCAAGAUUUAUGCAAAAUGGCCAGGAACUCUGGCAAAUUUCCGCCUCAUUCAUUCAUUAUAAUUCCCAUACAUUCACAACUGUCAAGUAUUGAUCAGAGGCAAAUCUUCAAUCCUGCUCCUAAAGGAAAACGCAAAAUAAUAAUUUCCACGAAUAUAGCGGAAACUUCGAUUACCAUCGACGAUGUUACUACCGUAAUAAACUGCGGUUUUAUCAAAUAUAAAACAUUAGACUUGGAAAUGGGUUGCGAAUCUCUAAAACCUCAUUUGGUGUCUCAGGCGAAUGCCAAUCAACGUAGGGGUCGCGCGGGUCGCGUGAAACCCGGCGUUUGCUAUCAUUUGCUAAUUCGAGCACGGUAUGAGAUUCUAGAUAAGUUUAUGCAGCCGGAAGUUUUACGCGAACGACUUGAAGAUGUCGUUUUGCAGCUCAAAUUACUUCAACUCGGGGAAGCGGAGUCGUUUUUGGCAAAUCUAAUGGACCCACCCGACAAAAAAUCUGUACAUAUGUCCGUAACACUCCUACAUCGUUUGGGCGCUUUAGAUACUAAUGAAAACCUGACACCGCUAGGUUACCACAUGUCUAGAUUACCGGUAGGAGCCCAGCCAGCGAAAAUGCUGAUUCUCGGAUCUCUGUUUAGCUGCCUCGACCCAAUUUUGUCAGUGGCCGCUUCUUUGGGAUUCAAAGAUGCAUUCCAAUUAAGUAUGGAUAGCACUUCGGCGGAUCAUGCUAAGCUAGAAUUAGCAGAUGGUUGCAAAAGCGAUCACUUAUUGAUGCACUUUGCCGUUCGCGGAUACGAAGAGUCAACUAAUGGCUACGCAUUUUGCCGGAAAUAUUAUCUUAGCGAAAACACACUAAGUUUAAUCAAAAGCAUGAGGCAGCAGUUUGCCGAUAUGUUAUGCGAUAUGAACUUUAUUGAGAACCAUAGUCCACGAGCUGCGAGUCACAAUCGUAAUAGCCAAAACUUGAGCCUUGUAAAGGCCAUAAUUUGCGCGGGGUUGUACCCAAACAUAUUCAUUAUAAAAAAACAUUAUUUACUGCGCAGCGUCAUGCAUGAACCGAUGAAGUUUCACCCGAAAUCUAUCCUCAGUAAAGAAACACAUUUUGAGAGCAAACUAGGAGUCUACCAUACAAGACUGAUGACACAAGGAAUACAAGUUCAUGACGCAACAUUAGUUCAUUCAUGGCCUUUGGCAUUUUUUGGAGAUGAUUUUCAUGAAGGAAUUGACAAUCAUCAUCAUUUUGUGGUCAUUAGUAAAAAGAUCCGAUUUAAAUGUUCAAAAAGCACUGCCAACGUCGUAAAACUAAUGCGAGAAAGACUGAACGAAAUUUUGAACUUUAUGGUUACACAUCCAGGACCGAUCAAUUGGGAUCAGAACACUUCAGAUAAUAAAAUUUUAAGUGCUAUAAUUGAACUAAUCACUAGUCAAGAUAUGGAUCAUUUGGACCUCAGCGAUUUUGAUGACAGUAAUUAAUUACCACUUUGCUUUCUCUUCGGAUGUAAACCAGAUUGGCAAUGAAACUUAUCUAGUA